AUGAUUUUUGUGUUUGGACUCUUUGGAAACAUAUUGGCUUUGUUUGUUAUCCACAAAAACAGAAGAAAGCUCAAUUCAACCACUCUCUACUCAAAGAAUCUUGUUAUUUCGGAUAUAUUUUUUGCGAUCGCCUCACCUACCAGAAUUGUAUACUAUGCCUUGGGGUUUAAUUGGAUGUUAGGAGAAGCAUUUUGUCGAAUCACUGCCCUCUUCCUUUACAUUAACACUUAUGCCGGAGUAAACUUUAUGACUUGCCUGAGCAUUGACAGGUUUCUGGCGGUAGUACAUCCACACCGUUUUAGCAGGAUCCGGAGGGUGAGGUCUGCGAAGAUCAUCUGCAUUGUGGUUUGGCUGCUAGUCUUUCUCCAAACAUUCCCUCUACUGCUAAUGGAUAUGUCAAACAAGGAGCCAGAUGAUAAGAUUACCUGUAUGGAAUAUCCCAACUUUGAAAAAAUACCGAAUUUGCCAUUUAUGCUUUUGGGCGCAUGUCUCAUUGGAUAUUUAAUUCCUUUAAUAAUUAUAUUGUUCUGCUAUUCCCAGAUAAGCUUAAAACUCUUCCAGACCGCAAAGAAAAAUCCACUGGCAGAAAAAUCUGGCACCAACAAAAAAACAACCAACACAAUCAUUUUAGUCAUUGUGGUGUUUUUUGUCUGUUUUACUCCUUAUCACAUUGCUAUUAUACAGUAUAUGUUUAAAAAGUUAUCAUAUGACCCUGACUGCAGUGAGAAGCAGAUCUUUCAUGCCAUACUUCACAUUACUGUGUGUCUCAUGAACCUUAACUGCUGUCUGGAUCCCCUCAUAUACUUCUUUGCAUGCAAAGGAUACAAGAAUCAGAUCAUGAGAAUAUUAAGGAGGCAAGCCAGCAUAUCAUCCUCCAGUGCCACAAGACCAGCAGCUGAUGGAAGCUCACGUGAUAUCACUGAAAGCCAAGUAGCACAAUGCAUGCCGCUAAACCACGAACCAAGUAACAAGCAAAGAAUAACUAAGGGCAAUGGUAGCAAAUAA